AUGUUUCGUUUGUCUUCAAUACUUGUAUUCCAUUUUCUGAGACGAAACCUCAAAACUUCUUCAAAAUUUGUCCGAAGGAUGGUGUCACUUGAGGUACCAACAGAAAGCCCGUGCAUCUCGCGUCGCGCUCCAUCCGAAGAAUGUGAAAUCGCUUUUUCGCAUGACGAUCCGACGCUAAUGUGGAAGGAUCGAACCACGGAUUGUGUAGAUUUAAAGAAAGUAUUCUCAAAAUUCGAUUCGUCUGCUCCAAUCAGCGGCGAGAUUUUGUUCAGAGCUCGUUUUCUCUGCGCAAAAUACUUGGGAGGCGCUUGGCGAAAAGUGAAAAUUGAAGAAUUCAGAAUUAGAGCAAUUACCGGUGGAAUGUCGAAUCUUCUAUUCCUCGUGGAACUUCCAGCUCAUCUUACACCAAUUCAAAUGGAACCUGAAAAGGCGCUUCUUCGUGUGCAUUGUCAAUCAGAUAUCGAUCAAUUACUAUCAGAAUCUGUAGUUUUUACGUUAUUGUCUGAAAGAAAUUUGGGUCCUAAAAUGUUGGGCGUUUUUCCUGGUGGACGAUUCGAACAAUUCAUUCCAAGUAGAGCACUUCAAUGUCUUGAAAUCAGUAAACCAGGACUUUCCAAAUUAAUUGCACCGAUUGUCGCCAGAGUUCACACUUUAGAUGCUCCGAUUCCAAAAGAGCCACAGACAUUGCAAACUGCCAGACAGUGGCUAGAACGAUUCAAAAAAACUCCUGCCGGCGAACGACCUAUCGAAAUGUAUUUGACACAAGCAAAAGUUCCAAAAUCCGAUUAUCCGUCAACAAUAACAGUGGCUCAGUUGGAAAGAGAACUCAAUUUUGUGGAAUUUUUCCUUCAACAUAGUCACUCGCCAGUUGUGUUUUCGCAUAAUGAUUUACAGGAAGGAAAUUUCCUGUUGAUUGAUGGAUAUAAACUUGCUGAUGAUGGAACCGUUCUCACACCUGAUGGAAAACCAACAAAUGAUGAUCCAUUGUCAUUAAUUGAUUUUGAGUACUGUAGUUAUAAUUAUAGAGGAUUCGAUCUAGGAAAUCAUUUCUGUGAAUAUGGUUAUGACUAUAAUGAGGCUGAAGCUCCAUACUAUAAAAUUCAUCAACACUAUUUCGAAGUGGAAAAAGAGAGAAAAGUAUUCUGUGAGGCAUAUCUGGAUGAGGUUUACAAGAUGCGAGCUUGCGGUGACAACCCACAUUUCCCCUCGGAUCUGGUUACUGGCGAUCGGGAGAAAGAUCUUAAUAAGAUCAUUGAAGAAUCGAUUCUCUUCAUGCCAGUCUCUAAUAUUUUCUGGGUUUGCUGGUCUUUAAUCAAUGCUGAAGAAUCCUCGAUUGCAUUCGAUUACGGUGCUUAUGGACGUGAUCGUCUUGCUCUAUACUUCCACCAGAAGAAGAAUCUCGAAAAAUACCUUUCCAAUUUGUGAUCUUUAUAAUGCCAUGCAUUUUUAACUAUGUAACCUUCUCUUAAUCUGCUUUUAAAAAUUUCUAACCUUUUCUCAUAAUUAGGGUUUUUAUGGUCACCAAAGAAAAUUGUAUUUUAAUUGCACUAUACUCCUAAUCUAUCACUAUGUUUCCAACUACGCCUUGUGUGCCUUUUGUGAUAAUUCCAAUACGAACCCUCUGUUUUCUCGCUAGUUUUUUGAAACGUUUUCCAUGUUAUUCCUGUUAAAAUUAUAUAUAUAAAUAUAUGCACAUUCCAAAAAAA